ACGCACAUUACAAGGACUUGGUCAGGUAAUUUUCCUGCACUAAAGAUCCUUACCCUUCCCGGCUGCUAGGCUAAGCCGGCUAAUAUUCCUUGGCACGAGUCCACCACGCUCCUUUCCCAAUCAAUCGCGGCGGCGCGUGUUAGAACAACCGUAAACCUCGCUGCUUGAAACCUCAACUCAACUUGUUGAUACAUACUAUUCGUCGAAAAUGAAUUUCGCGGAUGAGAAUUUCGAGCUGAGAGAAGUUCAGAAACUCGAAGGCCACACCGAUAGGGUUUGGAGUCUCGCCUGGAAACCAACCACCGGAGUCGACGGCGCCCCUGCCGUACUCGCUUCCUGCAGCGGUGAUAAAACCGUCCGCAUCUGGGAACAGAGUUCCGCUACCGGCUCUUUCCAGUGCAAGGCAGUGUUGGAGGAUACGCACAAUAGGACUGUUAGAUCUUGCGCUUGGUCGCCGUCCGGUAAAUUAUUGGCAACAGCAAGUUUCGAUGCCACCACUGCGAUAUGGGAAGAUGUUGGCGGUGAUUUUACUUGUGUUUCCACUCUAGAGGGUCACGAGAAUGAAGUUAAAAGUGUCUCUUGGAAUGCGUCUGGCUCGCUGCUUGCAACUUGUGGGCGAGAUAAAUCAGUUUGGAUAUGGGAAGUGUUACCCCACAACGAGUUUGAUUGUGUUUCGGUGUUGCAAGGACAUACUCAGGAUGUUAAAAUGGUACAGUGGCAUCCGUCAAUGGAUAUCCUGUUCUCGUGUAGCUAUGACAACACUAUCAAGGUCUGGGCGGAGGAUGGAGGGAAUGAUGAUUGGCACUGUGUUCAAACGCUAAAUGAAUCCAGCAGUGGGCAUACAUCUACAGUCUGGGCCUUAUCUUUUAAUGCCAGUGGAGACAAGAUGGUUUCCUGCAGCGAUGAUCUCACUAUUAAGAUAUGGGGUGCUGAUAUUAUGAGUAUGCAGUCUGGAGAUGAAAAUGCUCCUUGGACGCAUCUAUGCACACUUUCUGGUUAUCAUGACCGGACGAUUUUUUCCGUCCAUUGGUCAAGGGAGGGAAUAAUUUGCACUGGGGCAGCGGAUGAUGCUAUACGCUUAUUUGUCGAGAGUGAAGAGAGUGUGGCUGAUGGACCUAUGUACAAGUUGCUUACGAAGAAAGAGAAGGCUCAUGAUAUGGAUGUAAAUGCUGUGCUAUGGAGUUCUACGGGAAACAAGCUUCUUGCAUCUGCCAGUGAUGACGGAACAGUUAAGAUAUGGGAACUCGGUUCUUCAUCCGGACAGAAGAAACUGCAAUUAUAGCUCUACUUUUGAUCGUCACCAGUUGUGAUUUAUCUCCCUUUAUUGUAGACGGAUACUCGUUUUUUUUUUUUUUUGUGUAAUUUAUUACCGAUGAUCGGUUUUUAUCAGCUAAAAGUUAAAACCAGAGGGAUAGCUGUUGUAAAGCCAUGUACUUCUCAUCGUUUUUGAUGAACAAAUUCGCAGUUUUUGUUUAUUGAAUAGCUUAGUGCUUGUUGAAAA